CCUCUUCAUAAAUACAUGGCAAUCUGAGGCGGGACUACUUGUUUAAACUAGACGAGUGCUCGUCGAGUACCAGUGCAGCUGCAAAUUGCCGGGAUAUCGUAUAAAAUGGCUGGUGGUAAGGCUGGAAAAGACUCCGGGAAGACCAAGACAAAGGCCAUUUCGCGCUCACAGAGAGCGGGGUUGCAGUUUCCAGUGGGCCGUAUUCACAGACAUCUGAAAUCCAGAACAACGAGCCAUGGCCGGGUUGGAGCCACGGCAGCGGUGUACAGCGCGGCUAUUCUAGAGUACCUGACGGCUGAGGUUCUGGAACUGGCAGGAAACGCAUCAAAGGACCUGAAGGUCAAGCGUAUCACCCCACGUCAUUUGCAACUGGCCAUUAGAGGAGACGAAGAGUUGGAUUCCCUCAUUAAAGCAACUAUCGCGGGUGGUGGUGUCAUUCCUCAUAUCCAUAAGUCACUGAUCGGGAAGAAGGGACAGCAGAAGACCGUAUAGCUCUGUAAACAGUGGCAUGGGGUCAUGUCAUCUCAGGACAUUUGGCUUCAAAAUGGUUUAACAAUAUUUUGCUUGGUAGAAUUGUGACUUUUUAAAUGUUUGAGCUUGCAUCUACUCAUCUGGGGUAUUUUUAAAAAAAGUGGCUUCAGAGAAGCUGGUUUUUAUUUUUAGGCGUAGUUUUUUUUUUUUUUGGUACAACUGCCAUUAUUGUGUGUUUUGUUAAUAUUGUGUACAUUUUUGCAUACUUGUGGCAUUUCCAUGUUUGAAGUUGUAUUUGAAUAAAGCUCCAAGGUAUUGUGCACCUAUA